UACUCUGACGUUAAAUUCGUUCGGUACCCUCUGAAUCAACGUCACGCAAACAAAGUUAGGGAAAUUACAAAAGCUGUGAAUACACCGAAUAUUUUUGUGCUAACAUUUUGACGUAGCUAAUUAAAAUAAAAGUAAAUUCAAUAUUUAAAACCUACUUCGAACAUUUAUUUAUCAAUAUAUCAUAUUUGUUGGACUUCAUUUUGGUGAUCCAUAAAUUGAAUUCCAUAAUUUUUUCGAGUGUAAACGAUUUCUGGUCGAACAGUCUAAUUAGCCAACUAACGAAUGGCAACAACAAUACAAAAGACUGAUAAUAAUUCGGGCCAUACACAAAAGCGGGAAAUGCUUCAUGCCAACAUUGUCAUAGCCCACCCACACACACAUACACACAUACACAUACAUACGAGUCUGCACACACCUGCACCUAUACGUAGAUAAGGUGUUUUGGGAUCUCGACUCUUUUUGGUUCCUAGCGGCACGAUGGAAGCGAUUAGUUCGGUCGCAAUGUCAACGAGAAGCAGAGGUAGCUUCGUCAAGCUAGCGCUACUGGCGUUACUGAUAAUGUUUGCGUUCUUGCUGCUGCUCAAUUCGCUGCACAACACGGAUCUCGAUCUGCGGCAAUUGGAGCAGCAGGAACUGCAGCAAUCCCGACGCGAGUUUGAGCUGCGGCAACGCGAAUCACUCAAUCAGAAUCGCAUACUCAAAGCCCUCGAACGCAGUUUGCCACCCGUAAGCAAGGCCACGCCGCCCCCCAAUCAAACUGUGGAGGAGCCCGUCGAUGAGGAUAUGGUCGAGCAGCUGGAAUACGAACUGCCUGAGGUCGACUAUAGUUUUUGGUAUCAUCAUGCCAAGCCACAGAAUUAUAGCCUCGGCAAGAAUUGUUCGUUUUAUCCCGAUCCGCUGGAUCUGCAGCUGCACAACACUUAUUGGCAGACCUUUAACAAUGCCAAUGUCACAUUUCGCAUGUUUGCCGCUUACCUUGAUUUGCGGAAGGGAGUUAAGGGUCGCGGCAUUGUCCGUGUGCUGGCGACAGCCAAUCAAAUCGAUGUUAAAUUCCCGCCCACACAAUGUCAGCUAUGGUAUGAGAAUCAUACGCGUCCGAUUAUCGUCAACGUCACCGAGUAUAUGAGCACAUGGUACAAAUCUUGGGGCUCACGCAAUAAUUACAAUUACCCACAUUUGCUGAGCUGUCCCGUACCCGAUGCUCUGCCGCCCCAAUUGGGGCGCAGUAUCCCACGCACUGUCUCCCUAUCGAGUAGCAGUUGUGAAUCUGCCACCAACUCGUUGCGCAUUCACUACGAAAAUUCGGCCAAUCUUACAGCGCGUCCUGGCACAACGAAUGAGACAUCGAGUCGUCCGUUUAGUUUUGGCGUCUGUUUGAAGGGUUUCGAUUUUCCGUAUGCUGAUCUAUCGGAGCGAAUAAUCGAAUGGUUUGAGCUGCAUCGUUUAAUGGGCGCCACCAAGAUCUAUGCGUAUAUGUAUGAUGUGCAUCCGGCUGUGCAGCGUGUGCUCGACUAUUAUCAGCGUACCGGCUACCUCGAGAUGCAGCAGCUGACGAUGGCAAAUGGGAUGCCACGGCUGCGGCAUUAUCAUCAUCUCUUCAUCCAUCGUCGCAUGCUGGCCAAGCGGCUGAAUGAGUUGAUAGCUUACAACGAUUGCUUCUAUCGCAACAUGUAUAAGCAUGACUUUAUGGUCAAUGUGGACAUCGAUGAGGUGAUCAUGCCGCAGGGCGCUAUGCGCACCUGGCAGGACAUACUGGAUAACGAUAUACCGAUAACGAAAAUGAAAUGUCCGAACGGACAUAAUAGCUAUUGCUUCAUCAAUGGCUACUUCACCAAGGUGGUGCCCGAGGUGCGCAAUCACGAGCAACUUGAGACCGAUGAGCUGUAUGUGCUGCAGCAUACGAUGCGAUUUCGCAACUAUUCGAGGCCCGGUUACGCGACGAAGUGUUUUCACGAUACACGCUAUUCUGAAGCGUUGCACAAUCACUUUGCGCUCAGAUCGAUGAAAGGCGGUUGCGGUGCACGCACAUUGCCCACUGAGUUGGCCCAAAUGCAUCAUUAUCGCGAGCCGGACAAUAAGUAUAACAUCGACACCGAUGUGAUUGAGGAUCGCAACGCCUGGAAGUAUGCACCAGAGUUGCGUUCGGCUGUCGAGCAUGUGUGGCUGCAUUUGGAUGAUGUGCUUCUUCUCAGUUCGUUCACAGAGGAGCAGCGCAUGCUGGAGGAUCCCGAUACGGAUGUACAGGAUCCCGAACAGCAGCAGCAGACUACAAAAGACAAGAUUUAGUUAGUGAUUAAAAUAUUUUGUUUACAUUUUUUUUUUUAACUAUUUAUUUAGAUUUAAGUUAGUCUUAUGGCUAUGCAUACAAAUUAUAUUAAGCUAUACACACAUACUCGAUCGAUUUGUAAAAUAAAUAAUUUUCUUUUUUUUUGACCUACUUC